AUGUUAACACCACCUAAUAUUAAUAAAUUUUUUGAUCUUGAUGAGGAAAUCCAAGAAAGUGACAUGAAUUUAAAUGAUAAUAAUAUAGAUUAUGAAGUAGUAGAUGAUAAUAAUUUGAUAUCAGAAAAAACAUUAAAUACAGAAAAAGUAAAGAUCUUUUUACUUUCAGAAAGUGACUACAUAACAUGGAUCAAAAGCCUGGAAAAACAGACAGAGUGGUGGUUUUGUCAUCAUUAUGGAAUAUAUAAAAGUAUUGCAGAAGAGAAUUCAAAUAAAAAUCCUGAAUUGCGCAAAAAGAAUCCAAAAAAUGUGAAUCCCUCACAUUGUGUUGAAUAUAAAGAUAAGAAAGCAAAAUAA